CGAGACCCUCAAGGCGAGCAGACCAGCGCGGUCCUCGCGCUCCUCUGGAUGCUCAGACUGGUUGGCGCCGGUGCGGUGUGUGGAGGGGGUGAAGCAGCAAGAACGUUCGUUCGGGUCAGAUUGUGGCAACGUUUCUUUGUUUGCCUACGCUUGUCAGCUUGCCGGAACCUUAAUUUUAACUUAAUAUGAACGUUUUUGCACGCAUAGAUUUUUUGCAUAUCGGCCAGUAAUUAAUUUUAAUGACAGCGGUAACUGAGUUCUUCUGUGUGGCAAAGUAGUUUACGAGUGAUUUAUUCAGUUCUCAUUACGAAUUCUGAAAAACAAAUGUAGAUUUGCUUCUUAGGAUUGUGAAAAUUAAAGCCUUUGGAACAAAGCCUGACAUGUAGCAUGGUCACAUAAGAAGCUUGAAGUACUUCACAUAUUGGCUAUUUUGAGGAGAUGUGGAACAGGGAGAUUAUCAAGCCUCAUCUUGGAAAUUAGAAAACAGACAUGAGUAAUUGGUGUCAUUUCCAUCAGUAACUAGAAACGAGAUUAUGAAGGUUAUUUGUGCUCCCUGCUGCAACCUGCAGAAUCCCGAAGUGCAGUGUUUGCAUUGAGGGCCUUCAAUGUGGAACUGGCUCAGGCUGGUGAAGGACUCAGUGUCUGAGAAAACAACUGGGCUGAUGCGGAUGCAGUUUUGGAAGAACACUGUGGAAGACAUAUACUGCGAUAAUCCACCACAGCAGCCUGUGGCCAUUGAGCUGUGGAAGGCUGUCAAAAGGCAUAAUCUGACUAAAAGGUGGCUUAUGAAAAUCGUCGAUGAAAGAGAAAAAAAUUUAGAUGACAAAGCGUAUCGUAAUAUCCAGGAACUGGAAACUUACGCCGAAAAUACGCAGGGCUCUCUUCUUUAUUUAACACUAGAAAUAUUGGGUGUAAAGGAUCUCCAUGCAGAUCAUGCCGCGAGUCACAUUGGAAAAGCACAAGGCAUCGUCACCUGCUUGAGAGCAGCUCCCUAUCAUGGUAGCAGAAGAAAGGUGUUCCUUCCCAUGGAUAUUUGUAUGCUGCAUGGUGUUUCACAAGAGGAUUUUCUACGGAAGAACCAAGAUAAAAAUGUGAGGGAUGUCAUAUAUGACAUUGCCAGCCAAGCACACCUGCAUCUAAAGCAUGCUAGAUCCUUCCACAAAAGUGUUCCUUUGAGAGCGUUUCCUGCUUUUCUUCAGACGGUUGCUCUAGAAGACUAUUUAAAGAAAAUUCAACGAGUGGAUUUCGAUAUAUUUCACCCAGCUUUACAGCAGAAGAAUACAUUACUUCCUUUAUCUUUGUAUAUUCGAUCAUGGAGAAAAAGAUAUUAAAAUAAUUUCAUGGCACUGGCAUUAAUUUAAUUUAUGGUUAGUUUUACAAGUGUAGUAGUUAGUGUUCUUGUUUACAUACAGCAGGAACCGACUCUGAUUAGAGAGAGAAGGAAUUUAUUGGGUGGGCGCUGGGAGACUCAGAAUUGAGAAGUAUGGAAACCCUCGUGGCGCAGUGGUUAAGUGCUAUGGCUGCUGACCAAAGGGUCGGCAGUUCAAAUCCUCCAGGCUCUCCUUGGAAACUCAAUGGAGCAGUUCUACUCUGUCCUAUAGGGUCGCUAUGAGUCGGAAUCGACGGCACUGGGUCUGGGUUUGGGUGCUUUGGGACUAGGGUGCCAAGAUACUGCCAAGGUUCUGCCACAGGCCAUUGGCACCACCAGUCCAGAAACUGUCUGCUGUACCAUCCCUGUGAAGUCAGAGCAGCAGGAGGAGCAUCGUUUUAGCUGUGCUUCCCAUGCUGCAGCUGCCAGAGGACCUGGAGAGGUAAUGUUCUCCCUUCAUCACCCUUGGGGGUGAGGCAGAGAGUACUCAGCACAUGCUGAGCACCCAAACAUCAGGUGUCAACUACAGAUGAACAAACGCAUUUAGUUAGGGGUAAGAAGGGUGGAGUUACCGUUUGAGGAAUAUCUAUCAUUGUGUUAAGGGCUUUAUAUAUCCCUUUUAUCCCUUAAACAACUUGUUUAAGGCAACCCAGCUGGCUGCUAAGAGCUGGAGCCUUAAUUUGGCUUUAGGCUUAGCUGGUUUGAAAGCAUUUACUCUUUGUUAAACCCACAGCUUCACUGUCUGUCACUCACUAUUAUUAUGAUCAUGAAGCAAAUAUAAAAAAGUAAUAAAAUUGUAUUCACAUUCAUUAAGGAGUUGCUGUAUUUUUAAAAACUAGUAUACACUGAGCUCAGUGGUAAGCACUGUGCUGUGUGCUUUCAUGAGUGCUCUCAUUUGAUCUUCUUAAAACCCUAUGAAAUACUUUUUCUGAUGAUUAAAAUUUUUUAUUAUAAAAUAUAUGCGCAUUGCAAAAACAAAAUUGUCUACAUUGUAGGCAAUUAGUGAAUCUGGAAUCUGAAUGAAUUUCUGACUCUCAAGGUUUACACCACAGUUUCCUGCUUUUUCAGUGAUCUUAUCUCCUACCCCACGAACACCUCUGGUGUACUUGUCCUCUGUAGAUGAUUUCUCUAAGUCUUCGGUCUCAGCUAUGAAUUAAUGCCUGCUUAAAUUUUGAGUUGGUGAUGGCUUAAAAUAUUACAUCUUUGUAGAUAAAAUUUCAUCUGAGAACUGCUUGAGGGCAAGAAUGUACUGUGUUCCUCAUCUUGGCAUCCCCCAGCACCUAGAAUGACUUCUGAUUUAGAGCAAGUAGAGUAAUAAAUGUACAAUUGACUGAGUGCAAUGAGGCUGUGUAUGUACACCCUCUUAGUGGAUACUGAUGCUGAAAAAAUAUCUUCUUGUUUAAUUGUGUGGCUUUAGAAAUCAAUUUAGCUUAUCUUGAAAUGCAAGUACAAGGAAAUAGGACACAUUUCCUCUUGGGAUUCUGAACCAUCCAGGGUUGAAGAGUUUAUUAGAGAGAGGUAUUUGUCCGUGAGAAUUGUUUGCCAGUCUUCCAGGUAAAAAUUAGGAGCAGUCAGCUCCGAAGUGUCUUGGUUCAUGUGUAAGGGUCUUAAAAAGAAGGGUUUAAACACAGAAUUGGAUUAUUGGAUUCUUUAUGGGCUCAGAAGCCAGUUCACUAUUAAGUAAAUAAUUUUGGACUACUUUUGAGGCCAUUUUAAAUUUGAUGCUUAGAGAUUUGAGUGAACUAAAGUUACUAACCUAGAGAUUAAGAUGGGGUCUUUUCAGAGACAUUUCCUUCAGUAUUAAUUUCCUCUACUGGCAUAAAAGAUACUUCCUUAGAGGGUGCCAACAUUCUUUUUCAGUUUCUAAGUCCAUUCUUUUGUUAGAGUAUUUUUAAGGAGUCGAAUAUAUUUUCAAACCAUUUAAGAUGUAUUUUUAUAUUGAAUUAGGUAAGAGCAAUAGAUAACAAGUAUAAGUUACAGAUUAAGGUUACGUAUAUCAUAUAUGAUACAUACAAAUAUCAUUAGAAAAUAAGUUUGAGGUAGUUCCCAAUCAAUUAACAAUAUUCUUUCUCUCCUUUUAGUAUUUAAUAAAAUUAAGUUACUCUCGAGAAAUAUAAUAGCAGCUAACAUUUUAUUGAGCAUUAACUUGGAUGGGUGGUGCAUUUCUAUACAUUGAUCUUCACGGUGAGGUAGUCUUCGUUUUCCAAAUGAUAAAACUGCCUCAGAUGUUAAGUUCGAGAUCACACAGCCAUUAGCACCAGAGCUUGAUGCCAAAUCCACAUUAGUCCAACGCCAAAGCCCAUGUUUUUACCAUUCUUGAGACUGUAAGAUAAACUGCCAAGUUAAAAAGCUCAAGGGCAUGACUUUUUUUCAGGAAUAAGUAUUACUACAUGUAUUUCAGGUACAAAUUAGGUAAAAAACUAAUUAUUACACAAAUUCCAAUUACAAAUAGGUGAGAGAGAGCAGUAAAUGGGCAGUUGAAGCGGAUAUUAAGUGCUGGUUACUGGGUAUAUAUAGGAGGGGUACUUAAGAGCCUUGGUGGUCAAAGAAGAUUUCCCAGAGGAGACUUCCUGUGGGCCAUGUCAGAAAGGCUGGGUAGGAGCCAGGGCUUGGGCAGGGGAUGGAGAUAUUGUUGGGAAGAGGUCCUGGCUGACAAAGCAGCAUACGCAAAGGCUGGGAGACAGGAUGGUUGGCCUACGUCAAGACUUAAUUUUUGGCUUUAAUUCAGUAAAAAGAACAGAAUGUAAUAUCCAGAGUUCUUAGGACGUUUGUGAACAAAAGGUGGCCACAUCCCUGGUCUAGUGAAAUGUUUUAAUUAAGAUCGAAGACUUCAAGUUUAUUUUUGGUCCAUCUCGGCAAAUCCUUAGGUGCCCUUGCAUUUGCUUUAGCUCGUAUAAAUAGGACUUCUCUGAAGACACUGGCCUAGUCACCUUGUCCAAAACGAUCCACAAAGUUGUAAACAUUUUGCAGAUGGUUACUGAAAGCAAAACAAAACAUUAUCCUAUUGUUUGUACCUGUAAGGAAGACUGAGCAAUAACACCCAGAAUUGGGAAGUGUAUGGGACAUGGGUCGGAAGGAGGGAGAGGAGUAGGGAGAGUGACUGUGAGAAUAUAUGAAAACAAUUUGGACACUACCUGCUUUUUUCCAAAAUGAAUAUUUCCUGGGGAACUGCGAAGUUAUUUAUUAAAAAUUAAACCCAUUGCCAUCAAGUGGAUUCCGACUCAUAGCAACCUCGUAGGACAGAAUAGAACUGCCCCAUAGGGUUUCCAAGAAACGGCUGGUGGAUUCAAACUGCCAACCUUUUGGUUAGCAGCCAAGUUCUUAACCACUGCACCACUAGGGCGCCUGUUAAAAAUUAGCACCCUUGAGGAAACACAAUACACGAUACAGGGAAAGUCAGCACAACUGGACCAAAGAAAAAGCAAAGAAGUUUACUGGACACAUACAAACAUUUUGAGGGACAGAGUAGCUGGGGCUGGGGUCGGGGGACCAUAGUUUCAGGGGACAUCUAGGUCAAUUGGCAUAACAUAGUUUACAAAGAAAAAGUGCUACAUCCCACCUUAGUGAGUGGUACCUGGGGUCUUAAAAGUUUGUGAGCCAUCAUCUGAGACACAUCGACUGGUCGUAUCCCAUUCGAUCAAAGGAGAAUGAAGCAAUCCAAAGACAAGGAAAAUACUAGCCCAGAGGACUAAAGGACCAAAUGAAGUAGAGAUUCCAGCAAUCUGAGAAAAGGACUAGAUUGUGCUUGGCUACCACCAAUGACUGCCCUGACAGGGAACACAACAGAAAGUCCCAGACAGACCUGGAGAAAAAUGUACAACAGAACUCAAAUUCAUGUAAAAGACCAGACUCGAUGGUCUGACAGACUGGAGGAACCCCUGAAACUAUGGUCCCCGGAUGCACUGUUAACCCAGAACUUAAAUUAUUUCCGAAGCCCACUCUUCAGACAAAGAUUAGACAGGAGCGUAAAACAAAAAAAAUAAUACAAAUGGGGGAAUGUGCUUCUUAGUCCAAUCAGAUAUACGAGACCACGUGGGCAGUUCCUGUCUAAAAGCAGCAUGAGAAGGCAGGAAGGGACAAGAACUUGCCCAAUGGACACAGGGAACCCAGGGUGGAAAAGGGGAGUGUGCUGUCACAUUGUGGGGAUUGCAACUAAUGUCACAAAAUGAUAUGUGUAUAAAUUUUUGAGAAAUUGAGCUGUAAACUUUCACCUAAAGCACACACACACACAAAAUCAGUUGCCUUCAAAUGAUGAAAGAUCAUGGUAGACAGGGAAUGUGAUUAAAUUUAUGGAACAACGAAAGACAUAAAUGGAUGAACAUGACUUUUUCUCAUCAACUCUAUACACUAGUUAAAAGAGGUUUUUCACUGACAAAAAAUUGGUAUUUGGCUGAUUAAAUGAUUAAAUAUGUGACUUAUUCUGUAGUGUUAGCUGCAUAGAGAAAUAUCCAGAGCAGUAGAGUGUAGUGCUGUGAUGUACUCCUUUUCCAAGUGUGGGGUAUGGAGCUUGACUGCCUGGGUUCAAAUCCUAGCUCCACCAUUUUAACAGCUGUGUAACCUCAGCAAGUUAUUGGAACUCUCGUGUGUCUCAGUUGUUCCACUUGUAAAAUGGGCAAAAUCAUAAUAUCAACUUCAAGGGUUGUUGUGAGGAAUAAAUAACGUAAUACAUGUAAAGUGCUUCUAAAAGUGACCCACGUGUAGUAAACAGUACAUGUUGUUAAUAUUAUUCAGAAAUCACAAACUGACAGCUUGUACGGAAUUAGGUCUGCAGGCAUCAUUGAUUUAGGAGAACGGGAUUAAUAACAAGUGAUCUUCAACUUGAGACUGCUUCUUGAAACAUAGCCAUGCUUUGUCUCAAAUGCCCCCUGUAUGACUGAAUUGCUGGGCUGAGGGCUUUCAAGACCAUGGUCUCAGGGAACAUCUAGCUCAAUUGGCAUUACAUAGUUUAUAAAGAAAAUGUUCUACAUUCUACUUUGGGAAGUAGUAUCUGGGAUCUUAAAAGCCUGUGAGUGGCCAUCUAGGAUACUCCAUUGGUCUCACCCCUUCCUGGAGCAAGGAAGAAUGAAGAAAACUAAAGAUACAAGGGAAAGAUUAGUCCAAAGGACUAAUGGACCGCACCUACCAUGGCCUCCACCAGACUGAGUCCAGUAUAACUAGAUGGUGCCCGGCUACCACCACUGACUGCUCUGACAGGGAUCACAAUAGAGGGUCCUGGACGAAGCUGAAGAAAAAUGUAGAACAAAAUUCUUGCUCAAAGAGCAAGUCCAGACUUGCUGGCCUGACAGAGACUGGAGAAACCCUGAGAGUAUGGCCCUGGACACACUUUCAGCUCAGUAAUGAGGUCACUCCUGAGAUUCACCCUUCAGCUAAAGAUUGAACAGGCCCAUGGAACAAAACAAGACUAAAGGGGUGCACCAGCCCUGGGGUAGGGACUAGAAGACAGGAGGGAACAGGAAAGCUGGUAAUAGGGAACCCAGAGUUGAGAGGGGAGAGUGUUGACAUGUUGUGGGGUUGUUAACCAGUGUCACAGAACAAUGUAUGUAUUAACUGAUGAGAAACUACUUUAUUCUGUAAACCUUCAUCUAAAGUACAAUAAAAAAAUUUUUUAAAAAUGCCCACUGUAUUUUAACUAUUGUUUAAAUGUCUCUCCCUCACUCAGCCAAGUUUCUUGAGUGCAAGACAAAGUUUUAUUCGCCUUUUGAUCCCCAGAACCUGCAAUAGAUCCUGAUCGUUUCAGCUGCUGUGGAGUUGGCUCAUGACUCAAGGCAACCCCAUGCACAACAGAAUGAGACACUGCCCAGUCCUGCACCAUCACCAUGAUUGCUUGGGGAUCUGACUUUUGUGAUCCAUAGGGUUUUCACUGGGUGAUUUUUGGAAAUAAAUCAUCAGGCCCUUCUUCCUUGUCAGUCUUAGUCUGGAAGCUCCUCUGAAACCUGUUCAGUAUCAGCAAUACACAAGCUUUCAUUGACCAAUGGGUAGUGGCUGCACACGAGUACAUUGGCAGGGAACUGAACCCGGGUCUGCUGCAUGGAAGGCAAGAAUUCUACCACUGAACCACCACUGCUCCCCACGUAGAUCCUGAGCCUGCUCCAUAAAUAUUUUUGGUCUGAACGACCAUGCUGUAGUACAAUGUGGGAACUGUAAAUUGGUGUUGGGCUGAUAAUUGAAAGCUGAAUUGGAAGUAUGUGUUAAAAACUUGGCAGCUGGGCAAAGCAUAGUGGAUUCAAGAAAUUAGGUGGUUUGGUGGGAUUAGAAAGUAGGGUGUGAGGAAGGAAGAGAGGGCUGGAAAGAUAAAUAGGUCAUAGCAUACCACAUUGAAGUGUUUGGAUAUUAAAAAUGAUGUGAGAUUUGAAAAUAACUACUUGUCUCCAAAUGGUCUAUAACACAUAUUUGGUAUAUAUGGUCAUGAAUAUUAUUUGCAUUAUUUUUAGAGUAAUGCUAUCUUUGGAUAAGCAGUGCCUUUUGAAUCAGAUAAGAAAUAGAAGGUCUUUAUUGCUAUUUGAUAAGCCUGUGGGUUGACUUUAUUCCACUGCACAAAUACUGUUUUCCUUUGAGUCACCCUUUUCUCAUUAAACAGCCCUGCCUUGGUGUACUGUGUGUUUUCCCUUUUAUUUUUAAUCACGAUUAAUCUUACCAGCUGCUUAGUUAUAUAAUAAUACCCUGUGCAUUUAAACACAGGCCUACAUAAUGAAUUUCUCAGAGAGCAAGUUCAAAAGCUUUUUCAAACUACAAGAUCUCUUUUAUAGGCAAUACAAAGAUUCUUUGGGAACUCAACAUUAAUAAUUUGGGAGGCCAUUUCACUAUAUCCCAUAUUUAUGGUUGCAGUUGUUUUAUCUAAUUUUUUUUUAAUUGACUAGUAAGUUGAGAAAUUUACCCCUUUAAUUAGCAGGAAGACACCACUUCCAGCCCUUUCUUGUAAGCUAUUCCCUGUGGUUUUUAGAAAUAGAUCUGUUUGAAUCUUGGUUUGGGGAUGCAUAUAAUACAGUCUUUCCCAGGGGUCAUUUUUUGAAGAAAUAAUUAGUAUGUUUGUUUUCUUCUUACACAAGUAUCAUGUAUUCAUUGUAGAAACCUUGGGGGAGAAAAAUAAAUACAAAAGAGUAAAGAAAAAGUAUUUUUUAAAUCACCCAUAAUCUCUCCAGGUAAGAGAUAGACCCCAUUAAUAUUUUGGUCCAUGUCCUUCUAAUUUUUUCCCAUGGCAUACAUAUAAUAUACAAAAAUGUAUAUUCCAUAUAUUAUUUUAUACUCUGCUUUUUAGAUUAGUAAUAGAAUGUGGAAAAGAUACUGGAAAAAUACUGCUUAUAGUUUUUAUUCCAUAGAAGUUUAUUUUAACAUAAUGGGAGUAUGCUAUCUUACUUUGCAGUUAUAAUCCAAAGGUACCUAAGGCCUCCAGCCUUUGGUGGCUAACCUUUCCUUUAAUAACCAAAGGAAGUUGUUUAAGCCACCAUUCCACGCAAUGGUCUAUGAGAAGCGGGCACGACGUUUGCCAAUGUAAAUAAGGAUUUCCGGUGUGGAAUGGAACAUGAGAUUCGCAUACUUCCCUUCCUUCUCAGUAUAGUUUUCAUUUGCCUUUAUCUUAUGGGUGAAUUUGCCCAUCUUUUCAUGUAUUUAACAGCAAUUUGUUUAUAAAAAUAAUUUUUAAUUUUUUUUUUGUUUUAGCCCCUUCAAGAUUAUAAAAAAAAUUUUUUUCUCCCACAAUUUCUUUGAUUACUUUUAUAUUUUUAUUUCUUAUAUUUAGGACCACAUGGAAUUAAUUUGGAACAAGUUGUGAGGUUUAGAGCCACACAUGGUUGCCCAGUUGUACCAAUAUCAUCAGCUUUGAAAAGCCACCUUGAGCGUAAUACUAAAUUUUCGUAUCUAUUUGAGUCUGAAGGGUAUUUUAAGUAAAUUAGAAGAGGUCACAAUUUAAAGAAAUGUCCUCAUAACUCCCUUUUACUAAAAAUAAAAGACUUUUUGAGAAGUGGAUAGUCACUUCUCAUUUUUCAUAAAUCAUCUGAUCAUUUUUCAUAAUUCCUUUUUCUUAAAUUACUGUUCUAAAGUGGAGUAUUCUAGGGCAUUGAUCAAAUUUUAGUCCCUUCAGCCUUCUCUUUCACUGUCUUUUGCUAAAACUAACAAGAAAAAAAGGCAUUUCUCUUUUGGGCUCUCUCAAUUUUUUUUUUUUUUUUUUCUCUCUCAAACAGUGAAAAGGCACCGAAGAGAGAGGAUAUUCUAGAGGCCUGGAUAAAUCACACUGCAAAUUUAACACAUGACAUAGGUCUAAAUCAUCUCUGAUCAUCUGUUUUGUUGUUAUCCUCUUGGUUUUGGACAGGUACUCACUUGCAGAGAAGAUAACAUAAGGAUCUUCUGUCUGCUGACCCAGCUAGUUUUCUAAUAGGUUAGCUCAGAUGUGAACCAUAAUAAACAAGGGAAGUGGCAUG